UCUGUGGGGCAGGGUACAGCGCAGCUAUGGGGUUACAGGGCGCCUAUGGGGCUGUUUAUGUGCUUGUGGGGCAGUUCCGGGGAAGGUCACGGGGCUCGGGGGGCAGCUUGGUUCUGUGGGGCAGGUUACGAGGCCGAUUAUGGGGCAGUUAUGGCAAUGCGAGCCAUCUAUGGGGCAGCUUACGUGGUUAUGGGACAGGUUACGAGCACGUUCUCGGUCCGGUGUUGAAGUUCUGGGGUCGAAUUCGGGGUUCUGGGGCCGCCUUUGGGGCGCCCCCCCACAAGGGGCCCCCCGACGGUGCUGGAGGACCGAGCGCCAUCGAGAGGCCCGGCCAGAGCGGCCGCUCCCGCCUUUGCCCCGCCCCUCCGGGCCCACCCCCAAAGUUCCGGAGGUUCGGGAUGUCACCCGGAUCGAGCGGAUCGGCGCCCACUCCCACAUCCGCGGGCUGGGCCUGGAUGAUGCCCUGGAGCCGCGACAGGUGUCCCAGGGCAUGGUGGGGCAGUUGUCCGCCCGCCGCGCCGCCGGCGUCAUCCUGGAGAUGAUCAAGGAGGGGAAAAUCGCCGGACGCGCCGUCCUGAUCGCCGGGCAGCCCGGGACGGGGAAAACGGCCAUUGCUAUGGGGAUGGCGCAGGCGCUGGGCCCCGACACGCCGUUCACGGCCAUCGCCGGCAGCGAGAUUUUCUCCCUGGAGAUGUCGCGCACGGAGGCGCUGACCCAGGCCUUCCGCCGCUCCAUCGGCGUCCGCAUCAAGGAAGAGACUGAGAUCAUCGAGGGGGAGGUGGUGGAGAUCCAGAUCGACCGCCCGGCCACCGGCACGGGGACCAAAGUGGGGAAGCUGACGCUGAAAACGACGGAGAUGGAGACCAUUUAUGAUUUGGGGGCGAAGAUGAUCGAAGCUCUGAGCAAGGAGAAGGUUCAGGCAGGGGACGUCAUCACUAUCGACAAGGCCACGGGGAAGAUUUCAAAGCUGGGGCGCUCCUUCACCCGGGCACGGGACUACGACGCCAUGGGAGCACAGACGAAAUUCGUGCAGUGCCCCGACGGGGAGCUGCAGAAGCGGCGCGAGGUCGUUCACACGGUGUCGCUGCACGAGAUCGACGUCAUCAACUCCCGCACCCAGGGCUUCCUCGCCCUGUUCUCAGGUGACACAGGUGAGAUCAAGCCGGAGGUGCGGGAGCAGAUCAACGCCAAAGUGGCCGAGUGGCGUGAGGAGGGCAAGGCCGAGGUCAUCCCUGGGGUGCUGUUCAUCGACGAGGUUCACAUGUUGGACAUCGAGAGCUUCUCGUUCCUCAACCGCGCCCUGGAGAGCGACAUGGCCCCCGUGCUGAUCAUGGCCACGAACCGCGGCAUCACCAGGAUCCGAGGCACUUCCCACCGCAGCCCCCACGGGCUCCCGUUGGAUCUGCUGGACCGGCUGCUGAUCAUCGCCACGGCCCCGUACGGCGACAAGGAGACGCGGCAGAUCCUCAAAAUCCGGUGUGAGGAGGAGGACGUGGAGAUGACGGAGGACGCGUACGCGGUGCUGACCCGCAUCGGGCUGGAGACGUCGCUGCGCUACGCCAUCCAGCUCAUCACCGCUGCCAGCCUGGUGGCCAGGAAACGCAAGGGCGCGGAGGUGGGAGUGGAAGACAUCAAACGCGUGUAUUCGCUGUUCCUGGACGAGUCGCGCUCCACUCAGUACAUGAGGGAGUACCAGGAGGCCUUUCUGUUCAACGAGCUCCAGGGUGAAUCCAUGGAAACGCCGUGACCCCCCCCCAACUUUCCCUCCCCCCCUUUGUACAAUAAAUGUGAUUUGGAGCCAAAAAUCUCCCAAA